AUGACUGAGAAGCCAACAGUAGAGCGGCCGCGUUAUGUCUUCUUCUUCACAGGCGCCACGGCAUGCGGCAAGUCGACCAUCGCAAAACAUGUGGCCGACAACUUGAACCUCACCUUCCUGGAGGGUGACGACUUCCAUCCAAAAGCCAACGUAGAGAAGAUGCACCACGGGGAGGCUCUCACCGACGAGGAUCGCCAAGGUUGGCUCGAGGCGCUGCGCGACCACGAGAACAUGCAUCCGCCAGGGGAAACGUCACUGCACCUCGUCAUGACCUGUUCAGCGCUGAAACGUCAUUACCGCGAUAUUCUGCGCAAAGGGUCCGAGCAGGCGCAGAAUCUGCGCAUUCGGUUCAUCUUUCUUGAUGCCCCGGAGGAGGUCCUUACAAAACGGGCCGCGGAGCGCAAGGGACACUUUGCCGGGAGCAAUCUGGUGCAUUCGCAAUUUGAUAGUCUGGAACGCCCGGCGCAAGAUGAGGGUGAUGUGUUUACUAUCAAUGUCGACCGGCCUCUCGAGGAGAUCAAGAAGGAUGCGCUGGAACAUGUGAGGCAUGUUCUGGCUGCUUGA